AUGAGUUUCACAAGAGACGAAAUUAAAAGCUGCGUCCCAGAAAUUGACAACUCUACAAGAAAACGUGCAAAACAAAUAGCAGAAGUAAUGACUUUCAAAGAAAAAAAUAGAGAAAAAACCAAAAAAUUAGAAUCGAGUUCUGUAGAAGAAGAUGUAAUACAUUUGGAUGAGGUUUCAGCUGGAGAAGACUGUGAAUGUGAUAUGAGAGGAACGACAGAGUCGAAUAUGUUAUUACAAAACUUUCUUUUUACAUAUUAUGCGCUCGUCGAGCUGCUCGUUGAGCUGUGCGUGAAGCUGCUCGUCCAGCCGUCCGUCGAGCAUUCCGUCGAGCCGCUUUUCGAGCCGUGCGUCGAGCCGUCCGUCAAGUAUUCCGUCGAGUUGUCCGUCGAGCCGUCCGCCGAGUCGUCCGUCGAGUCGUAUUUAGUU